CCUCAUUCUUUUCCUUUGUGCAGUGGGGUCCUGUCUCUCGACCUUUGACCAGACAAAUUUCCGCCCACCAUUUUCUCUUGACAAGACAAAUCUCCCAAACCUCUAACCACCCACUUCUCUCUUCGACAACUACCAACAACCACAAAUCAAUACCGCAAUCAUGGUCAAAAAGAGAAAGAACAACGGCCGCAACAAGAAGGGCCGCGGUCACGUCAAGCCCAUCCGAUGCAGCAACUGCUCGCGAUGCACGCCCAAGGACAAGGCAAUCAAGAGAUUCACCAUCCGCAACAUGGUCGAGUCUGCCGCCAUCCGUGAUAUCUCGGAUGCUUCCGUCUUCGCCGAGUACACGGUUCCCAAGAUGUACCUCAAGCUGCAGUACUGUGUCUCUUGUGCCAUUCACGGCAAGAUUGUCCGUGUCCGAUCGCGCGUCGGUCGCCGAAACAGAGCACCCCCGCCUCGUGUUCGUUACAACAAGGACGGCAAGAAGGUUACCCCUACGCAGACUGCCAAGGCUACAUAAAUGCUUCGUUUCAGGUGUCUUAGGGAAUGAAAUCGGGUCUCGGGUCUGGGAAGAAUCUGGUCUAUCGGAAAUGGUUUCCGUUUUGCAUGACGAACGGUUUUCGGCAUGAUCAUAUCAGAUAAUGACUUUAUGAAUUAAGUCAUAUUUGCCACUACGCGACGUGAA